CAAAAACCAUCGACCCCAACUCUUAACCGUUUUUAUUUUCAACGUCAACUACAAAACCCGAUCAUACCGAUAUACUCAGUUUCGAUCGCUGAAAACUCAAUUCGUCGUUAAUUUCGGAGAAAAGCCACCAGUCACUAACACGUCACCUCCACUUUCACGUGUCCACGUGUCCUUCCCUGAAAUCGGUUGUACGUUCCGUACGUCGUCUAGAACGUCUUACAGAGGCCACUUUAACUGUCAAACGAUCCAGAGUCGCCGUAACAGUGUAGCUAAUUCAUUGCGAAUCGACAUCGUUCUAGAGGUAUGAGAAUUUCGGAACUCGUCGGUGCUUUUGUUCGAAGAAUACUCCGUGUUCCAUACUAUCUGAUCACCACAAUUAUUAUUUUGUACAAUGAACUUGCUAAGCUAUAUACAAUGGGAUCGGGGAACAUCUACAAGAGGCGAAUGAAGGUUUUCUCAUUGGCGUUUCUCGUAUACCUGGAUUACAAGGCGUUGCAGCAGAGAGAGAAAUUGACGAAAAGAUCAAAACGGGAUGGUUUAUGGGAGAAAGCUCAUGAGCGGAAUGCUAAACGUGUUCUUAAGUUGAUUGUGGAGUUGGAAGGUUUAUGGGUGAAAUUGGGACAGUAUUUAUCUACUCGUGCCGAUGUGCUUCCCGAGGCCUACAUACGCCUUUUGAAGCAAUUACAAGACUCUCUUCCCCCUCGCGGAUUAGACGAGGUCUGUCAAAUUAUAGAGACACAGUUAGGUCAAUCAAUGGAUAAUCUAUUCACUAAUUUUGUCCGUGUACCUUUAGCAACAGCAUCGAUAGCUCAAGUUCACCGUGCAACUCUACGUGACGGGCAGGAGGUGGUUGUUAAAGUUCAGCACAAAGGCAUUAAAAUUAUAAUCUUGGAGGACUUGAAAAAUGCAAAGUCAAUAGUGGACUGGAUAGCUUGGGCCGAACCGCAGUAUGACUUCAACCCAAUGAUAGAUGAAUGGUGCAGGGAAGCACCUAAGGAACUAGAUUUCAACCAUGAAGCUGAAAAUACUAGAAAAGUCUCUAGAAAUCUAGGAUGCAAAAGUGAAGGCCGUGACAAAAGACCUGAACAUGUGGAAGUAUUGAUGCCAGAAGUUAUUCAGUCUACUGAGAAAGUCCUCAUCCUAGAGUAUAUGGACGGAAUACGUAUAAACGAUUCUCGUGCUCUAGAAGACCUUGGUGUUGACAAACAAAAACUUGUUGAAGAAAUUACACGUGCAUAUGCGCAUCAAAUUUACGUUGAUGGGUUUUUUAAUGGUGAUCCUCAUCCGGGUAAUUUUCUUGUGAGUAGGAAACCUCCCCAUCAUCCAAUUUUGCUUGAUUUUGGGCUUACAAAGUUGCUUUCAAGCUCCGUGAAACACGCCUUAGCAAAAAUGUUUUUGGCAGCUGCAGAGGGUGAUCAUGUGGCGCUUUUGUCUGCAUUUGCUGAAAUGGGGCUUAAGUUGCGCCUUGAUAUGCCAGAACAGGCUAUGGAGGUAACAAAUGUAUUCUUCCGGGCUACUACUCCAGCAACUGAAGCUCUUGAAAAUAUGAAAUCUUUGGCAGAGCAAAGAGCGAAAAAUAUGAAAAUUAUACAAGAAAAAAUGAAACUUGACAAGAAACAAGUUAAACGUUUCAAUCCUAUUGAUGCUUUUCCAGGAGACAUUGUCAUUUUCUCGAGGGUCCUUAAUUUGCUGAGAGGGCUUUCUUCCUCGAUGAAUGUUCGCAUAAGCUAUCUAAGUAUCAUGAGACCUUUCGCCGAAUCCGUUUUGAAAAGUGACAUGAACCAUGGACCAUCCUCAAAUCCUAACUGGGUAUACGACAGUCCAGUGCAUUCUGAUGUAGAAGCCAAACUGAGGCAUUUCUUGGUUGAAUUAGGGAAUGCUGAUAGAAUACUGGGAAUCCAGGUUUGUGCAUACAAAGACGGGCAAGUGAUAAUUGAUACUGCAGCUGGAGUACUGGGAAAAUAUGAUCCUCGUCCAGUUCAACCCGAUAGCUUAUUUCCUGUUUUCUCUGUAACAAAGGGAGUCACAGCUGGAAUGGUACAUUGGCUGGUUGAUAAAGGGAAACUGAAGCUUGACGAAAACGUUACAAACAUCUGGCCCGAGUUUGGCGCAAACGGAAAAGAUCAAAUAAAAGUCAACCAUAUACUAAAUCAUACAGCUGGUCUGCACAAUGCGCUAGCCGGUAUUGCUGAAGAAGAUCCUAUGUUAUUUUGUGAUUGGGACGAGUGUCUAAAACGCAUUGCUAUGGUUGCACCCGAGACAGAACCUGGUCGUGAACAAUUAUAUCAUUAUUUAUCAUAUGGUUGGCUAUGCGGUGGAAUCAUUGAGCAUGCUUCUGGGAAGAAGUUUCAGGAUAUUCUAGAGGAAGCUUUUAUUCGCCCACUUAACGUUGAAGGCGAACUUUAUAUAGGGGUUUCUCCGGGUGUGGAAUCUCGGCUGGCAACUCUUACACUUGAUACAAGUGAUCUUAGUAGGUUAGCGCAAAAACCCGACAUUCGCAGGGGCAGCUCGAUCUCCACCGCACUGCCUUCCACAUUCAAGUUCGAAAUGAUUGCUGGCCUCAUUCCGUUAUCCAAUACGCUCAAUGUGCGUCGCGCAAUACUACCUGCCGCCAAUGGACACUUCUCAGCUCGUGCAUUGGCACGCUACUAUGCCACCCUCGUGGACGGUGGUGUUGUGCCGCCCCGUCAUUCCUCUUCUUCACUUCCACCACUCGGAAGCCAUCCUCACCACCCCAUAUUCCUUACCAAGAAAACUUCAGUGAAAGAUGGAAGCAAGAAAGAUUCAAACGGUUCCACAAGUCCACAAUCCGAUCUUUACAUCAGAAUACCGGAAACCGAUGAUACAAGUGAUGAAGUCGACUCUAAAAUCUUUACACACAGUAGAACAAAAAUUCACGACGCCUUUUUGGGAAGUGGAGAUUACAAGGAUUUGAUUAUCCCGAAUGGGAAAUUCGGGCUAGGAUUUAGAAGGGUCCAAACAACCGAUGGGUUUAUAAUCGGGUUUGGUCACUCAGGUAUAGGUGGAUCUACAGGAUACUGUGACAUAAACAAUAGGUUUGCCAUUACUGUGACGCUAAAUAAGUUGUCUUUUGGGGCUUUGACUGGGGAGAUAAUACGGUUCGUUUGCUCGGAACUUCAUCUUCCGGUCCCACAAGACUAUGCAGGAUCAAGGGAGUCCAUUCAACAACCUGUGAUCAAUUAAACAAUAUCUGAGGUACAACAUGAUCAGAUAUGUAACCUUGCAGCAAUUUUGAGUUAAAAAUGUUUAGGGAAUUAUAAAUAUGGUGUGGUAUAAAGCUCAUUUUUCUUCACUAAUUCUCUUGUUACUUUUUGCUAUUGUUAUUAUUGUUAAAACAUCAAAA